UGCCGCCGGGACAGUUUAUGGUGCUGCACAUAGAUGCCGCGGCUGCAAAGGCACUCGGAUAGCGAGCUCAGACCACUCAAUCAUAGCGGCGUGUCCUCAAAAAUACCCACCAGCCCCCUCCUGAACUAAACAUGUCGGCGGGGGAGGCAAGGCCCCCCCAUCGGUGAAAUUUGAAGCUGAGAUAGCUUAACUUGCUAGCUGCUAACAAAGAAACCCGGAAGUUAGCAUCAACACAUCGCUCAGCAGAGACGAAGCCUCAGUGUAAAGUGUCUUGGUUGUUUGAAAGCGUGUGACGUAAAUGCUGAGAGCGUGAAAUACAUAUUUGGAGUGUUAGAACGAUAGGAGAAACUUUGUCGAACAAAAGAGGAGAACGUCAGCGACAACGUCAAGUACCGGGCUGGUUUACAAGAUCAGGUUGUGUUACACAGAGCAGUGAAGCAACAACGUUGGAACUGCAGGAUGGAGCAAGGAGAGCCACAGCCCCACAAUUUUAAACAGGAAGAAGAGGAGCCACAGCCCCCGUACAUUAAAGAGGAAGAAGAGGAGCCACAGCCCCCCUACAUUAAAGAGGAAAAGGAGGAUCACAGCAUCAGUCAGGAGGGAGAGCAUCUUGAAGGACCGGAGGAAUUCCCAGUGAUUGGUGUGUCUGUGAAGAGUGAAGAUGAUGACGACAAAGGUCAAAGUGAGGAGGAGAGAGAGGUGGAGCCUCCAAGCAGCAGCUCCACUCGUCACAUGACAACAGAAGCUGAUGGAGACCACUGUGGAGGAUCACAAGCAGACAACCUCUUAGCUCCACUAUCAGAUAGCGAUGACAUAACGUCACACUCUACUGACACUGAUGAUGAAGACUCUGAAGCUGAUAUGACAUGUCACACUGACAACACACGCUGGAAAUGCUCUCAAUGUGACAAAACCUUUGUUACCAAGGGACGCUUGAAAGUACACAUGAGACAUCACACAGGAAAGAAACCUUUUCACUGCUCGGUUUGUAGUAAAAGAUUCUCUCAGCAGUCAAAUUUGAAAGUACAUACAAGAAUACACACCGGACAGAAACCUUUUCCUUGCGCAGAGUGUGGUAAAAGUUUCUCUCAACCAAGUGAUUUAAAAAGACACACAAGAUUACACACUGGAGAGAAACCUUACCCUUGCACGGUGUGUGGUAACAGAUUCAAUCAUAAAGGUGAUUUAAAGAAACACACAAGAAUACACACUGGAGAGAAACCUUAUCCUUGCACGGUGUGUGGUAAAAGAUUCAACCAAAGAGUUGUUUUAAAAAGACACACGAGAAUACACACUGGAGAGAAACCGUAUCUGUGCACAGUGUGUGGCAAAAGAUUCAAUCAGGAAGUUGUUUUGAAAAGACACAGCAGAAUACACACUGGAGAGAAACCUUUUCCUUGCACGGUGUGUGGUAAAAGAUUCAAUCGAAAAGGGGAUUUAGUCAACCACACAAGAGUACACACUGGAGAGAAACCUUUUCCUUGCACGGUGUGUGAUAAAAGUUUCUCUAAGAAGAUAUCUUUGAUAGGACACACAAGAAAACACACUGGAGAGAAACCAUUUCCUUGCAUGGUGUGUGGUAAAUGUUUCUCUAUGAAGAGAUCUUUGAAAGGACACAUAAGAGCACACACUGAAGAGAAACCUUUUCCUUGCAUGGCGUGUGGUAAAAGAUUCGAUACUCAAAGUAAUUUAAAUAGACACACGAGAAUACACACUGGAGAGAAACCUUUCUCCUGCACAGUUUGUGGUACAAGAUUCGCUCAGAAGUCACAUUUGAAAGUACACACAAGAACACACUCUAGAGAAAAGACACUUGUUGGUUAAUGUGUGGUCAGCAAUUCACACCUCGUACAAACUUAAAUAGUCAUUAUGAUGAACAAUUGUACAUUUUAAUCGUAUAUACGGGUUUGAUUCUUGGCAAGGGUUGCGUCAGGAAGGGCAUCCGGCCAAAAAAUCUACAAAAAUUGAGUAAAUUUGUCAAAGUGUGUCCUGUAUAUUUUUAAUUAUUUCAUUAUCAGCUGCUUUAAAAAAUGAAUACAUACAGUAAGUGGCAGGUAGUACAGUAUAUGGAAGUUCCUUAUGACUGAAUUAAUAUUUCCAGUUUGUAGUUGAACAGUGCAAGCUCAGUUUUUUUAAAUUAUUGUCUUUGUCUAUUUAAAAAAAUACCUUUAUAGACCAAUUGGUAUGUUUUCAUUAGUUAUUAGAAUCAACAUUUUAGCUUUUUCUUGUCACAUUAUGCCUUUUUUUUGCUAUAUUUUUCUGCUUUUGUUGGAUUUUGUUUAUUUCUGUAUCCCUGCGCCAUGUUUUGGACACCCGUAUUUCCAGGCGACGGAGGACUGUGUCCAAGGUCUGCCUUCUUGGCUUUGUUGCUGGUUUGCUUUGUGGAGGGGUUUUAGCAUCUGCAUCCUGUAGUGUGUGGAUUUAGUGUGUAUUCCACAUGGAUUUUGGAGCAAACACUAUGCACUAAUUUGGCAUGUUAACCUGAAUAUCAUAACCUAUUAAGUCGUGUAUCCAUCCAUCCGUUUUCUAUGCUGCUUAUCCUCAUCAGGGUCGCGGGAUACAUUUUAAAAAAUGUAUUUCCAUUUUUUUUUUAAAGGUUAGAGUGAAAUUUAGGCCACUUUUUUCCCUACUUUUGAAAUUUGUUACAGUUAUGUCAGCGUAAGUUACAUUGCGUUAUUGUUAUUAUUUAAUAUUGCCGAUAUUAAAUAUUAGAAGCACAACUUUUCGGGCCACAUGUACAAAAAGUUAUUUGGGAUUUCGAGAAUAAAUCUGUAACUUCAUGAGAAAAAAAUCUUACAUUUUUCUGAGAAUGAAGUCAUAAAUAUACGAGAAUAAAGUUGUACAAGAAAAACAUCAUAAUAUUAUGAGAAUAGUCAUAAAUGCUUUACGUUUUUGGUAGAAGGGCUAAACAUGCUAA